AUGCAUUUAUUCUCGGCUUCCUGGUGCCUUGCACUUGGGAUCUCUUUUACAACUAUAUUAUCAACAGCAGCGGCAAAAAAGCCAGUCGAUAAUAGACCAUCAAAACCAUUGUACACAUUCGAUCAGCUAUGGAAGCUUGAAAGGGGGUUCUGGGAUGCCUUUCUAUACCCUGCGAACACGAGACAGACCCAAGGCAACCAGUCAACCAUAUUCGCAGCUGAUGUGCAAGGUCGAGUGGACAUAACUCGUACCUUUGAUGGCGACGAGCUCAACCGCGAGUACAUUUUCGGUCUUUUCGCAGACCCCGCGCAUGUCAGUCUCGUUGGCGUUCCGAUCUCAUAUAGCAUUACUCAAUUCACCGCGAACGACAACAUUGCCAGUGCCACGACGGUAGUUACGUUCAACGCGACGACUUUCGGAGUCCUCGUUCCCGUCACAAUUGAUACAUGGAUCGAAUUCAACACGGAUGGAAAGAUCACUCAAUACGACGCCACCUUCCGUUGGUUCGAGUACCUCCUGGACUUCCUGAUCAAGGGGGUUGCGACAAAGAUGAACUCAACCUCCCCGGACCAAGCUGUUGCUUACGUCUCAGACAUACUGGCCAAGACUAUCUGCGCAACCCAUGACAAGUACUGUACUGGAUCGGACCAACAAUACAGUGACAGCAACGCAUGCUAUGAUUACUUAACCAAGUCCAUUCGAUUUGGCAAGAGCUACGAGCUUGGACGGAAUACGUUGCUGUGUCGCGAGGUGCAUGAGCAUAUGGUGCAGUUCCACCCGGACGUCCACUGCCCGCAUAUCGGACCAACUGGUGGUGGGUACUGCGUGGAUGACAUGAGUUACGGCCAGACUGUUUUGCAAAAGUAUUUCGACGACUCAUGGAUUCCAUUUGAUUAUGGAUCGGAUCAGAAUGUAUGGCUGAAAAGCUAA